CUCUCUCAGAACAGUCAAUUUUUCCAAAUACAUUUUUAUUCACACGUAUUUUCUUUAAAAAAUUGUGGCAAAUUUUUUAAUUUAAAAAAAAACAAAUACAAUUUUCAAUGAGUUAUGUGUGUUAUUUUUUUACAAACAAUUUUAUUUCCCCUGAGUAUUAAGGAAAAAUGUCAAAACAAUUUGAAAUCUUGGAUAUUGACAAGUGCAUUAUUUCGAGGUUAUGGUACACAGCAUCUGUAAUUUUAAAUAAUGAAAUUCACAAUGAUUCUUUGGAAAAUUACACUAAAGAUGAUGUAAACAAUUUACGAACAUUAAUUACAUCGUCAGUAAGUAAACAAGAUUCAAAUGAAAUCAAGUGGAUUAGUAGUAAGCUUUUAUUAUGUCUCGAUAAGGCAAAUUCUGCGGAAGUGCAAAAGGAACUCGAGUCAAUUCAAUUUGCGGCAGCCUUGAAAUUAAUUGACGAUCAAAUAACUGAUCAUGUGGAGCAGGAAUUGAACGAACUCUUCGAGGCGCUAACAAAGUCAAAAAAUCGAACGGAAAAUACAAAAAAAAUAUCGCAAGCGAGUUUAAAAUUUUUAGAAACAAAUUUACAAAAUCAUCCAUCGCUAGCUUGCUGGCUAAUUAAUCAAUUACUCUGCAUUUGGCCAACAACAUUUUCAUAUUCCGAUGAAAUUCUCCAAGAUUUAUAUUCAAUUGCAUUGAAAUCAAUAAUUCAAAAAGCAGUGGAUCAAGAAAAUGACGACAAUUUUAAUGAGGAAAAAAUUUCUGUUUCCAAUUUAUACCCGAAAAAAAAAAUUCUUCUCAAUGAAAAAAAUCUCGGCACAUUGCUGUGUAUAUUAUCGAAACUCGAAUUAACCGAGAAAAAAGAAGAUGAAUUAAUAAAAUGGCUUUUCCCAUUAUUAUUGCAAUAUUGCGAUACAGAUGCAAUUAAACUUGCACUAUAUUCACGAAAGAAUGGAAAAUUUUUCAAUGAAUGGGACAAAUUUUUAGACAAUUUAUAUGCACGUUCCGAGAGUCCCACAUUUUAUGAGAAUGCAAAAAAAAUAUCCGAUGCACUAUUUUUCAUUGACGAAAAUAAUGGCAAAUGUUCCAUUAAUCACAGGGAAUUAUCGAUGAGAAUUUUACGACGCAAAACCCAUUGGAUGUCUGAUAUUUUGGAAUUGUGCAACACUUUUCUAACAAACGGCGACUACGAAAAAGUAUCAAAACUCCUCUCCUGCACAUCAUUAAAAAAUCUCUGGCCAUCACUGAUGUUUCAUUUUAUCACAAGCCUUCCUCACAUUCCGAUUAUAACAUCAAUCGAGACAUGGGAAAAAAAUAUGAAAAUCUACCGCUCUCUAAAUUUUCUCCACGAACAAUGCACUCUAAAUUCGAAUAAUUUCAUUUUUUCCAAAUCCAAUGGAAUAAUGAAACAACAUUUAAAAAUAAUUCACUGGAUUCUUGAGUCAAAACGAAAUAUUUUCUCUCCCAGUUCUCAUCUAUCAUCAUCAACAACAGCAUCACAAGAACAACAAACACUAUCAGUAAAAAAAAUUCUCCUUCGUCUACAAAAUUCCUCAUGUCUUCUCACUGUUUUAAAAUCAAGUGUCAAUUUACACGAGGAAAAUUACCAUCAAGUACAAGAAUUAUUAAAAGACACAAAAGACGCAUCAAAUACAUUUCAUUCUUAUUUUGCAAUGUUAAGUGCACUUAAAGGAAUUCUCGCUUGUAAUUAUUACAAAUCAAAGCGUAACGAAAUUGAACAAAAUUUUCAAGAAAUGGAAAAAUUAAUCCUCGACAUUAAAUCAUUAGAUUUAAGACUCGAAGUAAUGGAGAAUAUUUUCUCCCUUCUAUUUUUAAGACUCGAAGAUUUUGCCGAUAUAAAAGAAAAAAGUUCCGACGACGAUGAAAAAGCAACGUCCGCAUUGGAGAAUAUUGAACAAAAACAUUUUGGUUUUGCCGCCAAUAAAUAUACAAUAAGAGAAUUAAUGGAGAAAUUAAAAAACUGUUCACUAACAAUUGGAAUUGAAAUUGCAAAUUUAAAAAAAAGAAAUUGCAAUGAAAAUUUUUCGGCAAUUAAUAAAAGAUUGACAAAUUUUUCAAAUGCAAUUGCUGACGCAUUAUGGAAACUUGAAUUUCUCACGAGUGAUGAUUUUGUGAAAAAAAAUGAAAACGACGACAAUAAUGAAGAGGCAAAAAUUAAUGUCAGUGGGAAAUUUAAUUUUUCCAUACGACGUAAAAAGAAGGCAUUUUUUUAUAAAAUCAAUGGACCAAGUUCAUCGGAUGAGGAAUUUAUGAAAUCGGAUUUAGAAAUAAAUUCCGAAUCCGGAUCACUUGACAAUGCAAUGAAUUUGAGACGAAGAAAAAGGAAAAUAAGAAAUUUCAUUAAUUCCAAUAAUAAUGAGGGCAGGGAAAAUAAUUCGAAAUUUAUCAUUAAUUUUAUGCUAAUGCCAAGGGAAAGUUGGAUUUUACAGUGUUUAUGGAAGAGGGAUCAUUUUAGAGCCCAGCAAAUAAUUGAGAUGUUUCACAUGAAGGGAUCGCAACUCGAUGGCGAAGUUCGAUUUUCGAAUGCAAUUCGAAAUUUCCGGCGGGAUUUAAAUAAUUAUUUGAAUCCUUCGGACGUCGUCGAUUCACCAGCAAUUCACUCAAUACUUCAUAAUAUCAAACAAGCAGCUCAUGAAGGAUUUCAAACGUCCCGCAUAACUGGACAAUUGGAAACAUUUUUAGCGUCGCAAGACGAAAAUAUUUCCCUCCUAAAUAAUCAACAGUUGACGAAAAAAGAAAUUUUAACAAUUACAAUUCUCGAUUUAGCAUUGACAAUGGGAAUGAAUCGUUCAACAUCAAUGAUAUUAUGCGAUGUUGCGGCAAAACAUUUAAAAUCUUGUCGCAAUUUGGAAAAUACAAAUAAUCAAGAAUUUUUCACACGAGUCCAUCAAUUAUUAUUACUGAAUGAUUUUAAAUUAAAUUCAUCAUCAUCAUUAAUGGAAUUAUUUGCCGAUGCAACAAUACCAUUGAAUGCAAAACAUUGGAAGGAGAAGAAUAAUUUUUGGCUCGAAUUGGAGGAGAAAUUGCAAUUAUUUAAAAAUACACAAAAUAUCGCGGAAAAUUUUCCCACCGACAAUAAUAGUGAGAAGAAAAUUAAUAAAACAUUGGGAGAGAAUUAUUAUCAAGAAUUAAUGCGACUCUGCGAUAAUGGAAAUGAUUAUUUGAAAAUUGUUUAUUCGCAUUUGAAAAUUCUUCAGACAAUCAUUAACGAUAAAAAUUUGGUUCUCACGGAGACGAAUAUUUUAAAAAAUCCACUGGACUCGUAUUUUGGACACGAAAUAUUCGAUUUAAAUGUUGAGCCAAGUGAACUCGAGUCAAUAGCAAAUAAACUUCAAGUGAAUUUAGUUCACAGUAUUCUUGUAAAUUGUUGUCCAAAACUUUCUUGCGACAAUGAAACAAAUUGUCAGGAAAUUUCCAAUUCCCAAUGGGGAAUUAUUGUUUUAAAUUCACGCUCCGAGGAAAUUGAAAAUCCUCAGGAUUUCACAUCAGAUCCAAAUCUCUACGUAUCGGAAAUUUUAACCGAUCUAUUGAAAACUUUACGAAAACUAUCCACACCGAAUGCCUCAAUUUUAACUGCCAAGGAUUUAUUGUCCUGCUCAAAAAAUGCCGAGAUACAAUUAAUUCUGCAAAAAACGCAAAUUCUCGCUGCCUUGGAUUUAAGUGAAUUACUCGAUGGACAUCAUACUUUGGCAUUUUUUCUCAAUCUUUGGAAUUUAUUAUUCUUACAUUGCAUUCUUUAUUUCUGGUCAAAGGACACGUCCAACAAUGAUUUAAGACAUUUCAUUUCAUUAAUGAUAAUUGGUUAUGAAAUUGGUGAUUUAGGUUUCGUCACACUCGCCACAUUGAGAGUAAAAUUACUCGGCGAUUUAAAUUGGAAUUAUCAAUUUUUCCACGAAAUGGAAAGUCUCAAUGAACUUGCGUGGCAAGAUUUGGAUUUAAUGAUGGACUCGAGGUCAAUAUUUGCCAUGGCUCAUGAAUUUUCCGAUUCGCCAAUUAUUAAGGUUUACAGUCCACGAACCCUAAACGAUGAUUUAAAUAAAUCCCUCUUGGACUAUCUCGAACACUAUAAAUCCGAAUCAAAAAAUUCCCACCAAUUUCCCGAAAUAAUUCAACGAUUCACAAACAAUCGUGAAAGAAAUUAUCAUCAAAACGAAGAAUUCAACGAAACUCUAAAAUCAAUCUUGAAUAUUUUCAAUCAAAUGGAAACAAGUCCCAGUGUCUACGAAUACGAAAUAAAAUUCACCUAUUCCCAAAAUGAGAAGAACGCCAACAGCGAGAAAAUGUAUUCCCCAUCAGAAUGGAAAACAAGAAUAAUAAAACCAUCAUUAUUACGCUAUCUCGAGGAGCAUUGUUGGUUACUCUCCUACCUCGUCGAGCGAAUACAUCAGGAAAAUUCGAAAAUUUUCCAAAAUCACGAAAAUCAACGUAUCGCCUGUCUCGAGAAUCUUCUAAAUUCCAAAUGGACAAAAAUUCUCAGUUCCCUAUUCGAUGAAAAUUGUGUUUUAGCCAGUGUAAACGAGAAUCUCUCCCAAUCAGCUCUUUGGCACUAUUUUCACAAUUCCCUCAAGGAAAAAAAUUAUCAUCUCUGCCUCUCUAUUAUCAAUGCCCUCCCAGAUUAUUAUCUCGCAAAAAAUACCGAACUACAAUGUUUUAAAGAUCGAAUUUUGAGUUUAAUGAGCGCCAAUGUUAAUCCGGAGGAAAUAAUGAUGUAUAUUUAUCAAAUUAACGAUAUCAACACUCUCGUGCAGACAAUUAUGGAAAAUAUGCAUCACUGGCCAAUGGAAAUUUGCGAGGAGGCCCUCAAUCACUCGUUGAAUCACAAUCACAGUCAAUUAUUACCCCAACAUUGUAAAAUUCGAAUGAACGAAACCUUAUGCCGGGUACGAAUAUUUCGCAAAAUUUCCCCCUACUGUAUGGACGAUAUUAAUCUCAAGAAUGCAAAUUGGUUGGACGUUGUUAAUUGCACCGAGAAAACAGAUCCGGCCCGAGUCAUUCAAACUUUGGUUCAAGAAAAUAAAUUCGAACUCUGCCUCGAGUGGUUGGAAUUCCAGAGUUUCUCAUCCGAAAUGCACACACUAAUAACUCAGGAUCUAUUUCAAGGCCUCUUGAAAAACGAUCAACUAGAUUUCAAUCAUGCGAGAAAAUUAUUGAAAGCCCUGCCACAAUCUCAAUCCCUAACAAUGUGUAAAGGAAUCCUUGAGAAUUUAGAUAGAAUAAAAGCAAUGCGUUUCAUUGUUGAAUUUCUCAUCGAGAAUUGUCGAGCAAAGGAGGAAAUAAUCACCUAUCGGAAAGCAUUGAUUGGCAUUGAAAUUCUCGAUAAUUUAGAAGCAAAAGAACAAGGACUCUAUAUUAGUUUAAUUAAGGAACCACUGCUAAUGCUCGAGCAAUUAUUAAUGAACUGUAAAUUUGAAACACUACAGAGAACGUUAAAUUCGAUUGGUGGGAAAUUGGUGGAGGCAAAUUUAUCCGUUGAACAUUUUGAUGGUGUUAUUAGAUUUUAUGCGAGUAAGGCAUUGGAUUUUCGAGUUGCAUUCCAGAGGGAUGGUGCUGAGGUGAAAUCGAGGGAUUUGCAAAUGAUGGAGAGCAGUAUUGAUGGAACGAAGGAAUUUAUAAUGCCGGCAAAUGUACCGACAAAGGAGGAAUGGACGCCGAAUGAUAAGGCAAAGGAGUGUAGCAGUUGUAAGGAGGUGAUAUUCUCGAUGUUUAAUCGGAGACAUCAUUGUCGGAGAUGUGGCCGAGUUGUUUGUGCAAUGUGCUCGGAACAUCGAAUGAGAGUCAGUGGUUAUCCAAAUUCGGUGUUGGUACGAGUUUGCAAGGACUGUAAAUUACAGACGACUAUGCAGCAGAAUUUUAUGCUUGGUUCCUCGUCGACUGCAAGCAGUGAAACCCUCGAAGCCUGGCGCUUAACAAUCGACGACUCCUACAAUCAAACAAUUCGUGACGAAUUUUCCUUCGAGUACGCGCCAAACAUCUCCUUCUGUCUCGCAAUUCUAAAUCUUCACUCUGAUCACAAGGCCUACACGACAUUUCUCCUCGAUCAAUGUGACGAAAUGAAAAAACUCCUGCAACCAGUUUCCGGCGGUAAAAUUAAUCCCGAGAUUGAUCACGCCCUAAUUAUCAAAAUGAUUCGCUCCCUAUUGGUAGCGGCAAAAGUCAAGUGCGCCAAAUUGGGCCUGAAUGCAGGUCUCGCUCAUUGCGAUCGUUUCCUCUCUCAAGUCGAUCUCAUCACAACUCUCGUUCAAUCCGAUUGCUUGGCUCUCAUUCCAAGCGACGAUCUCGACGAUCAUGCUCUGCGAAAAUUACGCGAUCUCCUCACCGAAAAGGAACAAUGGACACUCGCUCUCGACGUGAGUACAAAAUCAGGUCUCGACACCCAAGGCGUGUGGGCCGCUUGGGGCAAAGCUUGUCUCAAAGUUGGUUACUUUGAUCGUGCCCGCGAUAAAUUCGCCCACUGUCUCGACAAAGCCAUCAAUCACGAGAAUUACGAAGACUGGGUCCUCCUCUCACAUCCCGAAUCAAGUGACGAGGACGCAACUAAAACAACUAAACCAAAACGUGAAACACCGAAAAAUUCCCGUCCCCUCAAAAAUCCUCCCCUACUCACCGAAAUUCUCCAAAUUCUCGAGAAUUUAAGUCUCAACGGUCAGGACUUCAAAUCAACCCCAAAUGUAGCGCAGGAAAUUCUCAACACCCUCAACAGUCUAAAAACAAUAACUCAAGGUAAUUAUCCAACAGCAAUAAUUUCCUGGACCGGAACAAUUUACUACAACGAAAGUCUCUACUAUCUUCUCAUGUACGGCAGCGCAAGUUCAAUACUCGAAUUUUUCGUCAAACAAAAAGAAUUCGAUAAAUGUCUCGAUUUUGUUCUUGAAAAUGAACUCGAUCAUGAAUUAUUUUUCAAUUCAAUUUACAUGAAGGCAUUGCAAGCGGAAAUUGUUCAACAACUCCUCAAUGCAAUGAAAGAAAAGGACACGAGUUUAAUAAUGUGGAAAAAAUAUUUAGUCUUCAUUUGUCGUAAUUUGGAGAAGAAAAAUUUACUCAAUACACUUUAUCAUUUACAAUUGUUCAUGAGGGAUUAUAUACGUGCGGCAAUGACUUGCAUAAGAUUUUAUAAGAAUGAAGCAAGAACUUAUAGUGAUUUAUGUGAGAGGACAUUGUGGUUAUUUGAGGCGCAAAAUCAUUUGGAGGCCGAUUUAAAAUUGGAGAAUUUUGGUAAUCGUCGAACGAGACGAAAGAGUGUGAGUUCAAUGCAAUCGUUGAUUAUGGAAAUGGACGCGUCGGAAAUUGAUAAGCACAUUAAUACAAUAUCGAGGCAGAUGGAGAUUGCAAAAUUUUUGGGUGCAGCUGAGAAGGAGGGAAGAUCGAUUGGCACAUUUUUGGGUUAUUUAUCGGAUAUGGACACUGAGGGAACGCAAAAGCAGGAAUUACCAACUUUAUUUGGUAAUCAACAGCAAAAAACGCAAUUGGCAGUUUUGGCGAUUUUGUGUGGACGCGAUGUUGAGGAGGGAUUUGGAAUUGCUUUCCGAAUAAUGCAAGAUUACAGUCUUCGCUCACAAAAAGUUUAUUCACUGGUGGGCCACGUUCUCGCUAUUGAGAAGAAAAUCAAUUCAAUCGAACAAUUAAUAAAAUGCUGCCGCAGUUCAGGAGCUGCCGAUUCAAUAGCGAUUUCCGAUCGCAUUCUAGCUCAUUGCGUUAAACUACUUUUAGGUCCAUCAUCCACCGAAACAAGAGAUGAAGUUAAUUCUCUAAUUAGACUGAUUACUGAUGUAGAAUUAAAGAUAAGUUCCUAUAUUGAAAGUCGACAAUUAAAAGCCGCAUAUCUUCUCGCAGUGAAGCAUUCGAGGGCAAAUGACAUUCGUCGAAUUUUAAAAGAGGCCGACAGACUCGGACAAAACGCAAUAAAAUCCAUUUGUACUAAAUGGUUACAACAAACACAAGGUUCAAACUAAAAGAAAAAAAAACUAUAUUUUAAAACCUCCUCUUUUCUUUUCAACAAAAUAAAAAAGCUUUUCCUACUAUUUUUUCAAAAACAGUCACAAAUUGGACGAAAAAAGCCUUUUUUUUUUUAGAAAAGAAAACUACUUUCUCAUAUAAUGAGAAUAUAAACAGGUUUAUUUUAUUUUUAUUUUUAAUAAGCAAUUAUAGAAGACUAGAAAGUUAUUUAAAUAUAUAUAAUUUAUUUUCCGCGCAUUUUAAAAAAACUCGAGAAUGACGAAAAGUAAAAAAAGAAAAGGAAUAUUUUUCGUUUAAAAAGAAAAAAUGUUCACGAUUGAAAAGCGCACUAUCUUAACAGUAAUUUAUUAAUUAAAAGACAAUAUUUAUAUUAUUAUUAUUAAUAUCGUAACAAAAUAAUAAUUGCUUUCGAAAACAAAUAGACUGCAGAUAUAAUCAUUUGUUACGGGCUGUGAUACAUUUUUGCGUAAAAUUAAACAACGCUAAUUAGCAAAUAAGUUAUUUGUAAAAAAAAAAUAAUUAAUAAUUUUCAAAAUGAAUUUAAUUUUCUUUUUUUUUGGGGGGGGGGGACAUUUACUCAAAAUGAGAAAUAAAAUAAUAAAUAAAAACGAACUUUUUCCAAAGUCACAAUAAAAAAUACGAAAGAAAUUACUCUAGCUUUAAUUAUUUUAUGUAAUUAAAAUUUAAGUAUGGGAAAAAUAAUUUAUCGAGAAAAAACCAAUCAAUUAUUUAUUAUAAAUUAAUUUCUUUC